AACUCAGCCUCAACUUACACAGCCAACGAGGAUGGCAACGCUGCUGGAGCUGCGGAGCUGCCAAGAAAUCCGGGAAACCUGGGUUUUGUUUGCCACUGUCUAAUAAAUGGGAGUAAAAUGGAAUUGCUUACCUGGGUUUUUCCUGCCCUGGUCCUACUGUGCACCCAGCAGCACAGGUGUAUCAGAGCUAUGACUGACAUUGGAGAUUACAUAGGUUCCAACAUCGAAAUAUCCUGGUUACCCAACCUGGAUGAUUUAAUGAAAGGGUAUGCACGUAACUUCAGGCCUGGGAUUGGAGGUCCUCCUGUUAAUGUUGCUCUCGCAAUUGAAGUAGCCAGCAUCGACCACAUCUCAGAAGUGAACAUGGAAUAUACCAUGACAGUAUUCCUGCACCAGAGCUGGCGAGACGACCGCCUGUCCUACAACCACACCAAUGAGACACUGGGCCUGGACAGCCGCUUUGUGGACAAGCUCUGGCUGCCGGAUACUUUCAUAGUAAAUGCCAAGUCUGCCUGGUUCCAUGAUGUGACAGUAGAAAACAAACUGAUCAGGCUCCAGCCAGAUGGAGUCAUUUUAUACAGCAUCAGGAUUACCUCAACAGUGGCCUGUGACAUGGACCUUUCCAAGUAUCCGAUGGAUGAGCAAGAAUGCAUGCUGGAUUUGGAGAGCUAUGGCUACUCUUCAGAGGACAUUGUCUAUCACUGGUCAGAAAACCAGGAGGAGAUCCAUGGGCUGGAUAAGCUGCAGCUUGCUCAGUUCACAAUUACCAGCUACCAGUUCACAACAGAAAUUAUGAACUUCAAAUCUGCAGGUCAGUUUCCCAGGCUCAGUCUCCACUUCCACCUUCGCCGAAAUCGAGGCGUUUACAUCAUUCAGUCUUAUGUUCCUUCCAUCUUACUCGUGGCCAUGUCCUGGGUGUCCUUCUGGAUCAGUCAGUCUGCUGUGCCUGCCCGAGUGUCAUUAGGUAUAACUACUGUUCUCACUAUGACUACAUUGAUGGUCAGUGCCCGAUCUUCACUUCCACGAGCAUCUGCCAUCAAGGCACUUGAUGUUUACUUCUGGAUUUGCUAUGUGUUUGUCUUCGCUGCACUGGUCGAAUACGCGUUUGCACAUUUCAAUGCUGACUAUAUGAAAAAGCAAAAGAACAAACUAAAGGCAAGAAGGCAGAGUGCAGAGAUAAACGUGAAGAAUGCCAUUGUUCUGUUUUCCCUUUCCAUAGCUGGUGUGAGUCAGGAACUGGCCAUUUCCAACAGGCAGCACCGAAUUCCCAGAAGCCUGCCUGGAUCUUAUGGCACAAUAGAAAUAGAAACUGGAGAGACAAAACAGCGGCAAAUAAUGAAACUGGAUAAGAAGAGUGGUCUGAAGUCCCUCUUUAAGCCCAUUGAUGCCGAUACCAUUGAUAUAUAUGCCAGAGCUGUGUUCCCAGCAGCCUUUGCAGCAGUCAAUGUCAUAUACUGGGUUGCAUACACAAUGUGAAAAGCUACAAAUUGAACAAUGCCUACGGACUAAACAGCCCUUGCAGAAACUGUAUGGAUCUAUCUAUUCUCAAUAGAGCUUGAGGUACUUCUAAAGU